AUGGCUCGUACGAAGCAAACCGCUAGGAAAUCCACCGGAGGAAAAGCUCCGAGGAAGCAACUCGCCACCAAGGCGGCGAGGAAAUCUGCUCCGACCACCGGUGGAGUCAAGAAACCUCACCGUUACCGUCCCGGAACCGUCGCUCUUCGUGAGAUUCGUAAGUACCAGAAGAGCACUGAGUUGUUGAUCCGUAAACUUCCAUUUCAACGUCUUGUUCGUGAAAUCGCCCAGGAUUUCAAGACGGAUCUGAGAUUCCAGAGCCACGCAGUGUUGGCACUUCAAGAAGCAGCUGAAGCAUACUUGGUGGGUUUGUUUGAAGAUACGAAUCUGUGUGCGAUUCAUGCUAAAAGGGUUACGAUCAUGCCUAAAGAUAUUCAAUUGGCAAGAAGGAUUCGUGGGGAACGUGCUUAA